AUGGCAAAGUUCACCAAACGCCAACUCCUCACGACUCUUAGUCUUGUUUACCUCAUAGCACUGACAUUCCUCGCUGCCUACGCUCUCCAUCAAACACACAAAUACUCGCUCCCGAUCCCCACCAUCCUGUCGGCCCUGACAGUUGCUCUCCCACCACUAGCUGGAAUUACGCUCGAAACUCUCGUUUCCUUUCAAUACCAACUUGCAUCCAAGAAAGGUGCGACGCAGACCUCCAAGAUCUUUCAGUUUGUGAAUGGAGCCUUCCUCAUCUACGAAACAAUUCUAGCGACUCUAGCAGGAACACACAUCUACCCCAUCGGUGGCCUUCUUUGUCCACUCCACGAUAAAUGGCAGGAUCUCUUCAGCAAGAAAGAUAGUGGCAGGAUACGUCAGAUCCAGAAUGCUUUCCAGUGCUGUGGUUUCAGUACAACGAAAGAGAUGGCGUGGCCGUUUCCAGGAAAUGGACGAGGCGCAGAUGCUUGUGUGGUGAGAUAUGCGGAGCGAGCGGGGAAAGCGUGUCUAGGUAGCUGGAGGGAUAUGGAGAGGAAAGUCGCCAUCAUUUUAAUGGUCGUCCCGUUGGGGGUGUUUUUGUGGAAGGUCGCUCUCUUUCUUCUCUCAUCGAGCUUCGAUACCGCUUGGCUUCCCUCUACAGUUCGUCUGCCAGAAGACCAGAAUCGAGCUGGAAACAGAUCCGCGAUUGCAUACCGCGAUGUCGAGGACCAGGGCGAAGCGGACAGUCUGAGGGAUGAAGUGACUCGACUGAACAACGAUUCAGAUCUCGCUUACAGGGUGGAGGGCGGGAGGAUCGUGAGACCAAGUCCGCUAUUCCAGGAGAGCGGGGUCUGGAACGAGGAGUAA